AUGGACGAGUACAUCAUGGACGUGGAUUCUGACGAUGAGGAGGAAGGACUGGACCCCUCUGAGCUGAGGAGGAGGAGGAUCGUCCGCUUCCUCCAGGAUCUUUCGGACCGGAUUGUGAUGGCUUUCUGGUCCGCCAUUGUUGUUGUUCUAUUCACGCAUGGCUGUUUGGCUGAAAACGUAACAGCCAUGUGCGAGUUCAUCAUCCAGGGCCUCGCCAACCUUGGUGAGAAAAAGCUGAUCCUUUUUGUCAUCCUGCUGCUGUGUUACAUCGUAAUCCUGGCAGGAAACAGCAUGAUUAUCUUCUUGGCUCUGACUGAUCCAAAGCUCACCUCUCCCAUGUAUUUCUUCCUCUACAACCUCUCCUUUGUGGACAUGGUCUACACCACCACUACCAUCCCUAACAUGUUGUCCGGCUUCCUGACAGAUAUGAAGACCAUCUCCGUCCCAGGCUGCUUCCUCCAGAUGUAUUUCUUCAUCCAGUUGGCCGUUACCAGCCGUGCCAUUCUGACCGCCAUGGCGUUCGACCGCUACUUGGCCAUAUGCAACCCUCUGCGCUACACCACCAUCAUGACCCGCCCGGUCCGGCUGGUCCUCGUCGCAGGAGCCUGGGGAUUUGGGAUCUUCUGCACUCUGCCAGCCACCACCAUGUCCUGGCUGCGGCCAUAUUGUGGCCCCAACGUGGUGAGACACGGUUGGUGCGACCUGUCGUCUGUACGGCAGCUGGUGUGCGGUGAUACCUCAGUGGAUAACAUUGUGUCCAUCUCCUUUGCCCUGGUGGCACUGCUGACCACAGGAGUCCUCAUCCUCACCUCCUACGUCCUCAUUGGCGUUUCCAUAUCGAGGAUGGGUGUCGUUCAGAGGCUGAAGGCCUUCGGGACAUGCGCUGCUCACCUGACCGUGGUGUCCAUCUCUUACAGCGCGGCCUCCUUCGUGUACAUUUCCUACAGAGUGGGAAACUUUUCACCAGAGGUUCGUAUCAUUGUGUCUGUGCUGUACUCUGCUCUGACUCCUUUCCUGAACCCGAUGAUCUACAGUCUGAGGAACAAGGAGCUGCAGGAGUCUAUCGGGAGGACCCUGAGCAGGCUCAGACCUGCUGCUGUUUCAGCCACAAGGAACAUCAACACAGUGUCUUUAGAGAGAAACUGACACUUUAAACACUGAAACUAGUCUUUGAACUAUAUUUUGUACCUUCCAUGUUUGUUCUGCUGCCUCUUUAUUGACUAACCUAUACGCA